UAAUAUCUCGAUACAUAUCCUCUGAAAUCACUGUUGAAAUUACUCUUGAGAUCAAUUUAAAUGUGACACUCUGUAUAAAUGAAGCCAACAGCGAUUGGGCUGCCGCAGUUUAAAGCGAUUAUUUGAGUUCUAUCCUCAGUGAAGCGGUUUUUAAGCAAAAAUAAUCGCGGAGAGGAGCAAUUAAUUUCUAACAAACUAUUCUUUUUAAGAUAUAUUUUAAAACAUAAUUUGAUCAGCAAAAAUGGGAGAUGAAGUUAACCCUAAAGCGUAUCCUUUAGCAGACGCUACUUUGACUUCUAAAAUUUUGAAUUUAGUGCAACAAGCCAUGAAUUAUAAACAAUUAAGGAAAGGGGCCAAUGAAGCAACAAAAACAUUAAAUCGUGGCUUAUCAGAAUUUAUCGUAAUGGCUGCAGAUGCAGAACCUCUAGAAAUUUUGCUGCAUUUGCCAUUAUUGUGCGAAGACAAAAAUGUACCAUAUGUAUUUGUUAGAAGCAAACAAGCUCUAGGUCGUGCUUGUGGUGUAUCUAGGCCUGUUGUUGCUUGCUCUGUGACGGUUAAUGAAGGAUCACAAUUAAAACCACAGAUUCAGGCUAUACAACAAGAGAUUGAACGUCUCUUAGUUUAAAUACUUUGUACCUGAUUCAGAAUCAUUCUUUUUAAAUUUAAAUGUAAUCAAACUAUUAUUUCUAUUUUUUACACAGAAUUUUGAAUAAUUUCAAAAGAUAGAGCCUUAUAUAUCUUUCAUGCAGUGAAAUUUAUGUAUAAGUUAUCUUUAUGACUGAAAAAUGUUAACUAAAAAGUAUUGAUAUUCUGUCUGUAUCACAAUCCAAAAUAAAUGUUUUUUAUCACAUAUAAAAUUCAUGAUCUUGUAUGACUUUGAUAGUUACUUUCAUAUUGUGUAAAAGAAUAAACAACAUUUCACUUAAAAAAUAAAAAAUCAUUUCUUUUUUUUAAAGUAUUGUAAGCAUAAAAUAUUGAAGUAUUGUAUUUUUCUUUCAUUAUUUUGGUAUAUUUGCCAUUUAUGAGAAAAGCGCUUUCAAUAAUAAAGUGACCACAUUGUAUACUUACCUACAUUCACGAUUUAAUAACACUUAAAACCAAAUUUAUUUAUUAAAAUUAUAUUUUGUUCUUGCCAAAAUGAUUAGACCAAUAGGAUUUAUCUUUUAAAUUAACUACUUUAGACAAUUAAAAAAAGAUGAUGACAAAUGUUUUCAAUUAAGUAAGUAAUGAGAAAAAUGUAAAGGUUAGAAAAAAUAAAACAUAUAAAUUAACGAAAUAUAUAUUAUAAAA